AUGGUGCGGUUAGCGUCUUUCAUUCCCAUCCUGGGAGCUGCGACAUUCAGCAAUGCUAUACCGACAGGCGAUCUCCCAUUAUCUGAGCCCGUGGCUGUUGAGCGCGUUUCCGUCGAUUACCGUCAAGCCAGCUACUGGAAGCCGCCGAUGAAGUCGAACAUCCAAUUCAUUCUCUCUGGCAUCCCCGACGUAGACGACGACUACAUCCGGCCACUGGCAGGCAUCUACGAGAUUGACAUGUUCUACACGCCCGCAGAGACAAUCAAAAAGAUGAACCAGUUGGGACAGAAAGUCAUCUGCUACUUCUCUGCAGCGACGGCUGAGAACUGGAGAGACGACUAUAAUCAGUUCAAGAAGCAGGAUCUUGGGAAGGAGUUGCCUGACUGGCCUGGAGAGAGAUAUCUCGAUAUCCGGAGAGCCAACGUCUUCGAAGUGAUCAAGAAGCGGAUCGACCUCGCCGCACAGAAGGGAUGCAAUGCGAUUGAACCAGACAACGUGGACGUCUACUCCAACGACAACGGCUUCACGCCCGAAAUCACCCCUGGCGACACGGUAGCCUACCUGCACAAAAUCUCCGCCUACGCCCGCAACAAGGGCAUGUCCGUCGGCAUCAAGAACUGCAUCGAGAUCCUCGGCGACAUCUUCCCCGACGUCGACUUCGCCAUCUCGGAAGAAUGCGUCCAGUGGCUCAACUGCACCGCCUAUGCCAACUUCACCACCGCGCCGCGCGCGGGCCUCGAGGGCAAGCCCGUCUUCGAGGUCGAGUACGUCAACUACACGUACACCGGCGGUUGGAGUGAUCAGGGUGUGGCGCUGAAUCCGAGCAAGUUCCGCCUCACUAAUGUGAAUUUCCCCGGUUUGAAGGACGAGAAGUUGAGGCGGAAGUUGUGCAAUUUGGAUGAGGAGGGGGCGAGCUUGGAGAAGCCGUUUUUGAAGAUCAAUUCGAUUAUCAAGACGUUGGAGUUGGAUGGGUUUGUUAUGUUUUGUGAUGGGAGCGCGGAGAUUACCAAGACGAAGAGCGUUGAUCGGGCGAUGGCGGGGAAGAGUGGGAUUGUAAGGAGGAGUUGGGCGAGGGAGAGGAUGUGGAGGAGGAUGGGCGGGAGAUGA